AUGUACAAAAUUAUAUUUUUAUUAUCGUUAACAGUGCUAAUAUCUGCCACGCCGCAAAUAUUCGACAGGAAGCACUUCAAAGUAGGCAUUGAAUAUGAGCGUUCUCUGCCGAUGACCGGAGGUUCAGACAGAUACAAACACAGAAAUAACUACGAUCCAUUCUACGUAACAGUUACCGCGUCUGCUAAGAAGAAUUACGUGAUUUCCUACAUGGAAGUAUCGACAACAACAGACGCGGAUGGCGAUGUGGCGUUCAGUCUGGUGCGAGGAGACACAGGCUCCAAGAAUAUGGUUUUCCAGCUCGUCUCCAACAACACGGAAUUCCUGUCUUUCUCCUACAUGGUGUAUGGAAUCAAGGAGGAUGAAUACAAAAAGGUUUUUCGUUAA